AUGAAGCUCUCCUAUAUCGUGGCCGGUCUGUCUGCUUUCUAUGGCGUUGAGGCAGCGACCGAGUCUACAAUUACCUGCAGUGCCUGCCCACCACCUUCAUCGACAAACGACAUCGUGACGCGCUCUGCAGUGGCUACACCAUCUUGCUCUGGUCCUUCGUUCACUAUUAUCCCUAAUAAGUCUGGGACGGGCUCUAGCGCCGUCGAACCCACGGGCAGUGGGGCUGCUACUCCAACCGGUGGUUUGCCUGUCGCCGCUGGCAAUAGAAAUGUUGUUGGUAUUGCAGGUGUUAUUGUUAUCGCAGCUGUGGGUCCCUAUUUAAUGUAG